AUGGCCAUAAGUAGCCGAUGCGGCUUUUUAUCCGAUUCUGGGAUUUCUUUCUUCCUAAAAAUUGGCCAACAUCAAUCACUUUUGGUCGCCGUUUCUAGGACUAUCCAUCUGAGUUUUAGUGCAUUUGAUUGGAUUCGUCGGAACACACCCAGGAAACCCUAUCGCUACAAGAUUAACAGAACUUACGGUGUUCUUGAAGAAGAAAAAAUUGUCAUUGAUCCGGAUAAGGAGGCAUUUAAAAGAGAUCUAUCAGAGCCGGAUAUCGAAGUUUACAAUGAGGUCCGCAAAAAGGUAGUUGAAUCCAUAGCCAAAAACGCCUCCCGAUACUUCGCAGUUAUCCAUUUUGCUGGAAAGCAAUUCAAAGUCACCAACAACGACCUUAUAUCUGUUAAAGCACCCCUUCUUGAGGCCAAACCGGGUGAAAUGAUUCGUUUGGAGAAAAUUCUCCUUGCGGGAAAUGCUGAUUUCUCCAUUGUGGGCAGGCCUUUGCUCCCUAGAAGUAAUGUCCUAGUGACAGCUAUGAUUGUCGAAAAAACUUUACAACACCCCUCACUCUGGUUUCAAUUUCAUCGAAGGAGACGGCACCAAGCAAUGAGAGUGUAUCAAGACAAUCUGGUGACCUUACGCAUUGUGGACGUUGCCGUAAAGAACGUCCAGUUCUCAUCGUCUCUUGGACCCUUUUUUCCUUCUCCCGAUCACGUAGUAGCAUUUUCACUGAAUCAAAAACAGACAGGCCGCUUACUUUAG